GUCUUCUUGCGCCCUCUCUUCGUCAUCGACCGCCGAACCGAACCCGAGCAUCUCCAAUAUUCGCUGCGACGCUACUGCACGUCACCACGAUCUCUGGCCACGCCGGGAGCCACACCCUCGAGAAGGCUCAGACACAAUAAGCUUUACAUCUCCACAUCGUUUUUGAGUUCCUCUCCGCAGCCGCGGCACGAGUCCCUGGACAGCCGCCCAUCAUGAGCAGCCCACGCCGCCGGAUUGAGACUGAUGUGUUGAUGAGCGAUUACGAAGUGACACUUGUCAAUGAUAACAGGCAAGAGUUUUUUGUCAGAUUUAAAGGCCCAGCAGAGACCCCCUUCGAAGGAGGUCUGUGGAAGGUCCAUGUCGAGCUACCCGAUACGUAUCCGUACAAGUCUCCGAGCAUCGGAUUUGUUAACCGCAUCUUCCAUCCCAAUAUCGAUGAGCUGUCCGGUUCAGUGUGUUUGGAUGUCAUCAACCAGACAUGGUCUCCGAUGUUCGAUAUGAUCAACAUUUUCGAGGUCUUCCUGCCUCAGCUACUCCGAUAUCCUAACCCGACGGAUCCGCUCAACGGGGAAGCAGCUGCCUUGUUAAUCAGGGAACCAAAGAGCUACGACGCCAAAGUCAAAGAGUAUGUCCAGAAAUAUGCCAAUAAGGAUAUGGUGGACGAAGCUGGUGCCGAGAGCGAGGAUGAGGAUGACAUGUCCUCGGUGGCGAGUUUUGGUGACGACGAUGACGAAGAACCGGCCGGCCAAAUGGACGACGUAUAAGAACGAUGGCAUCCUGUCUCUUUCUCUCUUUUUGUUGCAAGGAUGCGCGCACGAAGUUUGUCACCAACUAUCGAUUUAAACAAACCAUAGCAACUCAAUCAUAAAUCAUGGCGUCUCUUUGGGAUUAAGCAGUCAACAGGCCAGCCGGGGCAACAGGAGUUCUUUUCUUGACAUUGGUUUUCGUCUUUUUUUUCUUGUCUUUUUUUUCUUGACCUUUUUUUCUUUCUUGACUACACCGAAAUGGAGGAAAUUACGCAAGCCUCCCACAUUACCAGUUGAUGUCUUGACAUCUUACCGACUGCCUUUCUUCUAGCCUUGCGAAGCAGAGAGAGAAAAAGGAGAGACUGUGAGAGAGGAGGCGAUUGAAAGAUAUUAGUAUCCACAGUUUGGGUCACAUCUGUUUUGAAGUUGGGCAUUUGUAGGUAGUUGAUUGAAUGGGAGGAGAUGAAUGGCCUUGGUAAGCAGCUCAGUAACGAGUGGAUUGGGUUAAAGUAUGUUGAAUAGGAAUUAUUUAGAACGCAGAGUCCGAGUGCUAUGAAAAUUAUUUGAAUUUAUUUUGAUCAAG